UCUUGUCCUCUAUAAAUGGCAUAUAUGCUUGAAACCUCAACACAACACACCCACAAACAUCAUUAUAUUACCUCUCAUCUCUUCUCCCACGUUGUUGUCAACAUGAAAGCCCUCGCACUCUUCUUCUUCGCACUUUCCCUACUCUAUCCAACUCAUUCUACGCCGUGCAACCCCAUCCGCCUUCCCACCGCCGCGUCCGACACCCCUCCGGUGGUGGACAUGGAGGGAGACGAGCUCCUCCCCGGCAGACCUUACUUGUUACGCUCCUGGAAUUGGACCCACGGAGGAGUGAGACUCGUUAGUUUGGAUGGUGCGACGACCCUAUGCCCAAGCGACGUGAUCAUACCGAGCUACGAAGACGCCGGCAGCCCCGUUAUGUUCACGCCGGCGGACCCCAACGCCGCCGCCGUCUCGGAGUCGAGUUUCCUCAACAUCAAAUUCGCCCCCUUCCCGACGGUGAGACUCUGUGUAAACAACGUAUCUUGGGAGGUUGAGAACGAGGCUAGAUUGGGGCAACGUUUCGUGAAGGCCGGUGAUGUUUUCUCGUACCAGUUUAAGAUUGAGGAGGCCGCACGCAGCCUUAACGCUUACAUUAUCUGUUAUUGUGAGUCCGGCACCGACGACAACUGCAACCUCCUUGGCUCACACUACGACGACCAGCACACCACGCGUUUGGCUCUCAGUACUGAUUCACCAUAUUCUAUUUCGUUUAUGAAAGCUCCAGUUGCGCGCGUAACAGUGUAAUAUUGUGCGUAUGUAUAUGUAGUUGCUUUGCUUGCUGGCUAGGUAUGCUAAAUAAGUUACGUUGCAGCUUUGACAA